AUGCAUCAUCAACGAGCAAGCCUAGACUUGGAUAAUGCUACGCAUGCCGUCACUGUGACUCUCGCCGAAGCCACGUAUUUCAGGGCAAGUUGUUGGUUUCCAAAAUAUAACAGACUCGAGUACCUUCGAAAAAUCGGACGUCGUUCACUUCUGAUUGGGUGUGGCUCCCCUCAAGACGUACAAAGAGGGACGUGGGGAUUCUUGUGUUGCUCGUUCCCUCCGUUAAGGCUUAGAAGUCGAGGUUCGGUCUGUAUUGGCCGUGGAACCCUUGGUAAAUCCUCGCUGUCAAAACUUCGAACAGUGGGAAGCUAUAGUGUUGACGUUGAGGGAGCAACUUGCCAAGUGCCCACGCCCGAAAAAUCUAGGAGUCUUGAGCUUUCGAGCGUGCCUUUGGACCCGGAAGGAGCGCCGAUGUUGGCGGACGUUGGAGUAGGGCAGCAGCCUGGCAGUGAUGCAGGCAUGAGGCACUUCCAGGUGGAACGUGCGCGUGACUAUGUACAAAUGGACGCGAAGGCCGAUUGUCUAGGAGGACCGACUCAGUUGAAUCACAGUGGUUGUUGUCCCGCUUGGAGAUAUCGCUCAGAUCCGGGGGUCGACAUGGCGAGGAGUAUCUCUGCUGUUAGUGAUGAUUAUAUAAUUGACGCGCUUCCGCUUCCUGAAUACGACAUUCGAUUUCGUUUGAGCGACAAUUCGGCACUUGGACGAUCUGUGGAGGAACGAGUAGCACUCACAGGUUUCCACGUCCAACCCCUUCCUGAUCAACCUGAUUUCGCCCGACUCUCGGUUCUAUUGGCCGAGGUUGCCACUCAUGUGGCGAGAAUCCCACACGCCGCCCCCGAGCCAAACACCAUUACCGCUGAGGAUCUGCGGGCAGGUUCUACUGACUUCUACAUUUUGGACCUGAACUGA